UCUCCUACUCCUCACCAAACAUCAAGAUCAACCAUAGUAAGAAAUAAUAUCAUGUCUGGAGUUUGGGUUUUCAAGAACGGUGUAAUUCGCUUGAUUGAAAAUCCUCAAGCAGAUUCUGAUGGAAGGCUAGGCAACUCCAGACGAAAGGUAUUGAUAUACCUUCCGACGGGACAAGCAGUGUCAUCCUACUCUUCGUUAGAGGAAAUCCUCACGUCCUUAGGAUGGGAGAGAUACUAUGGAGGGGAUCCAGAACUCUUUCAGUUUCAUAAACGUUCUUCCAUUGAUCUAAUUUCUCUUCCUAGGGACUUCGCCAAGUUCAACUCCAUUCACAUGUAUGACAUAGUCAUUAAAAAUCCCAAUCUCUUCCAUGUUCGAGAUGUGUGAGUUGACACCUAGCUUCAUCAUGUGUAUUUCCAUCUCUCAUCUCAUUAUAUGAUAUAAUAUAAUCCCCCAUGCAUGUACCUCAUUUAAUUCAAGUGUUUCUCGUGCAUUUUUAUCAUCAUCUAUAUUUCUUUGUCCUUCAAUCUUAUAAAAAUGGUCGUUUCCCUAGCUAAUUAGGACGUUCUUAGUUAUGCUUAAGCUUUUCUCCGUAAUUAUCUUUAAAUAUUUGUGUAGUUUCAUCCAUGUGAUGUAUGUUAUAUAAUGAUGUGUUUGUAUUAUAUAAAUCAAUAAAACAGUGCUAUGUUU